AUGAAACAUUUUUUUGGAGCUAUCCUGUUUACUCACCUCAUCGCAACACAUGCCAACUCUACAGUAAAACCGACAAAGGAAGCUCACUUCAAUGUGAAUAACUACAACAGCUUCUACGCCGGACCAAACUGUAAGAAAAUCGAGCAACAACUAGAGGAAAUACGACAAGAAAUCAGGGCAUUGAAAGAAAAUAAAACUACUGAGUCAGUUAACGGAAAAGGUUUGUACAUUGUACUAGAAAUGAGUAAAGUGGAUCCGGGUCAUCAAUGCCGAUCACCAAAAUGAAAUCGAAAUGUGGCGAAAAUUAAUACGUAUUUUUAUUUCAUGAGUUCUUCAGAAGAAAACUUUGUCAAUUGAUUGAUAAUGGCUUCCUUGAAGAAGAAUUAUCGUCAUUUUAUUUUCAGUUUACAAGAACUGCGCUGAAGUCUACAAGUCCGGUGACAAGAUCAGUGGAGUGUAUAAAAUCAAUCCUGAUGGUUUGGGCGAAUUUGAAGUGUUCUGUGAUCAGAAAACAGCCGGUGGGGGUUGGACGGUGUUUCAGAAGAGGCGAGAUGGCUCUGUUGAUUUCUUCCGCGCUUGGGAUGAUUACAAACGUGGUUUUGGUAAUCUGAACGGUGAGUUCUGGCUCGGUUUAGACAAGAUUCAUCGUCUGACUGUAAUUGGUGGUUAUAAACUCCGUGUCGACUUGGAAGACAAUUAUGGAAAUACCGCAUUUGCAGAGUACAGCUCCUUUUCUGUGACAAGCGAGAGAGCGAAAUAUCAGCUGAGUUUGGGAAGUUAUUCAGGUACGUAAGAAGAUUAAAAUAGAAUCAGCCAGCGAAAAAACUAGUGCUUAUUGACAAUUAAAAACAAAACAACAACAAAAACAUCAAAACAUGUUUAAUUGAAAUUCAGUGGAAAAUGGAAGUUCAGUUAAAACGACAAUUAACAACAACAAUGUCAUAAUUUAGAUUUAGAUUUAGAUUUAUUAAAUUUAAUGUAUUAUCAUUUUUAAUAUAUUUUAUUUUAAGCCUACAAUAGUUUUACUUUGUUUUAAUUAUCCAGUAUAAUAAUAACGUUCACACAGACGUCUCAGUGCGAUUGAUUUCACUUGAAUGGUGAUAUAAACUUUAACUCUACUGACAAGGAAUCGUUUAUAACAGCUAGAUUGGGAAAAUAAGACCUACAAAUUUACAGUUUUCUUUAUUUAUUUUUUUGUAGGAACCGCUGGUGAUUCGCUUGGUUAUCAUCGUGGUAUGGCAUUUUCCACCAAAGAUCGUGAUAAUGACAAGAACAGCGGCAACUGUGCCUCUCAUGAAAAAGGCGCCUGGUGGUACAACAGUUGCCACUGGUCCAAUCUGAACGGUCUGUAUCUUCAUGGUAAGGUCGAUGAUAGAGGAAUGUCUUGGUACUACUGGAAAAAAACUCACUAUUCGGUUAAGAGAUCCGAGAUGAAGAUACGUCCGAAAGGUUUUUGA